AUGGCCAACGAGGGUGCGAGCUCUCUGCAGCAGAGUGCUAGUCAAGGGCCCGCUGUCUGCUCCGAUCCUCAACCUCCCCGACCAACUCCAGCCCGUUAUGCCUCGACGCCCUCUUUUGAAAGCCCCCAGAGACACCAUCGCCGUAACCCGAGAGCUCGGCGUCCUGUAAAGGAAACACUCAAUGCUCGAUCAGAGUAUACCCUCAGCCAGGAUGAUGGCACGGCUGAGCACAGAAUUAACCAAUAUGUUAUCAAACAAGAGAUUGGUCGCGGUUCGUUUGGUGCCGUGCAUGUUGCUGUUGAUCAGUUUGGAAACGAAUAUGCCGUUAAAGAAUUUUCGAAAGCUCGUUUGAGGAAGCGCGCGAAGUCGCACCUUCUUAGACGCUCUCGGGGCCCAAAGCGCCCUGCUGAUGGGCUUAAUUCCCCACUCCAUCGACAAGAUGAAGAAACGCAGAAUGCGCUCUAUCUUAUCAGGGAGGAAAUCGCCAUCAUGAAGAAGCUACACCAUAGCAACCUGGUAUCGCUAAUAGAGGUUUUGGAUGAUCCGAGCCAGGACUCUUUAUAUAUGGUCAUGGAAAUGUGCAAGAAAGGUGUGGUUAUGAAGGUCGGUCUUGAAGAGAGAGCGGACCCAUACGAUGACGAACGUUGUCGCUGUUGGUUCCGUGAUCUUAUUCUGGGAAUCGAAUAUCUGCAUGCCCAGGGGAUUGUUCAUCGCGAUAUAAAGCCGGAUAAUUGCCUGGUAACGGGUGAGGAUGUCCUCAAAGUGGUUGACUUUGGAGUGUCAGAAAUGUUUGAAAAGGAUUCGGAUAUGUUCACGGCCAAGUCUGCUGGGUCUCCUGCCUUUCUACCACCGGAACUAUGCGUUGUUAAACAUGGUGAUGUUUCAGGAAAGGCGGCAGAUAUAUGGUCCAUGGGUGUUACAUUAUACUGUCUACGAUAUGGCAAGCUUCCGUUCGAAGAACACAGCAUUUUCGAACUAUACGAAGCGAUUAAAAGCCUUCCAAUUGUUUGCGAAGGGGAGCCCGAUGAGGCGUUCAGGGAUCUGAUGUCCAAAGUCCUGGAAAAGGAUCCCUUGAGACGGAUACAGAUGGACGAGUUGCGUGAACACCCCUGGGUGACAAAGAAUGGUAUGGACCCUCUUUUGUCCAAGGACGAUAAUACGGCGGAAAUAGUCGGUCUGCCGACAGAAGAAGAAAUGAACUCUGCUAUUACAAACAAUUUUGUUCAUGUUUUAGCUGUGAUGAAAGCAGUGAAGAAAUUCAAAGGCCUCCUAGGUCCAGCUAGAGCUGAAACGCCUAUGCAAAGCAUCCUUGGCCAGGAACAUGAAAUUCACUUUGUUGAGCCUCCCAUGGAAAUGGAUCCAGAUGAGGGUGUGUCCGUACCCAGCGUGGGACAUUUCAACAAGAGCCAAAGCCUGAACACACACAAUAGAAGUGCCAGGGAGCGUGAGGAUGUUGUCAAAGGAUUCCAUCCACGGCGGCGGGAGCCUCUCCCGUACCCUCUGCCUGAUAAUAGUGAUCCUAUUAGUGGAUACGGUGCCGUCUCGUACAAACUAGCGAGAAAAGACUCCGGUUCGAUACGAAGCGUUAAAAUAAGGGAUGAUUCCAUAGAGGACUUGCCUUCUCUAUCUCCAACCGCCCCGCUUUCUCGCGCUAGUUCGACUACAACUAAGCGCAGCAUGGAAGGCACACGAGGACAUGCACGAGAUCCCUUGGAAGAGGAGUGCCCAUUCCUAUCGAUCGGCCCUUCUACUUUCACCGGUUCGACCACUACAGAUACCAGGAGUGCCGAAGAACCACCCAUGAUCCUAGGUUCAGAGGGACUAACAACCACGAUACCGUCUGAUGAACCGGAUUCUAUGGUAGAAGAUUAUUAUCCAAUGGUAAGCGAAUCACCCGGCGCCGCAGAAUUCGACAUCUACGAAACAGCGUAUCGAAAGGAAGUCGAACGCAUUCGAGAACAAGGCGUCUCACUACCGAAGGUGUUCCUGACUCGCCGUGUAGACGGAAAGGACGAGUUAAGGAAACUAGUCAGGGAAACCACCAUGAGCGAGCCAGCCAUGGGAAUAGGAAAUAGAAUUACCGUGCCAUCAGCUCAGAAUUUUGGCUCUGCAGUCAGCAUGAUCAGAGCCCAGUUGGAAGAGCAAAAGAAGCAACAAGAACUAGGCCAGGGACCAGCCUUAGCUCAAGCUCUAGAAACAUCAAUUCCAUUGGCUCUGUCAGGGGGUCCCGAAGAACCGACGAUAUCGACAUCACCCACCGAGGUAACCGCCGCCACAACUGGGACCGAAACACCAUGUUCAGAAGACCAGGGAGGUAAACUGCGCAGUUUACUUAGCCGUGCUAAACGCGCUCGAAGUCCUUAA